CACAUUCAAAAUCGCGAUUCACAGCCAGCACGACCCGUGUUGAUUCGUGAUUCGCUGACUGCUGAUUCAAGAUCGUGAACCUCGACUGUUCAAACGUCCAUCGCCACGGGAUCACUGAAAGCAUUACAUUUUGAAAUGUUGCCCAAUGUUUGGCGACUGUUGAUGCCGCACGAUCAUCCUCGCCACAAACUUUACGCGCAUUCGCACCAAGCUCCGACGCAUCAAGAACACGCUUUUGAAGCUCCGCUCACGCCGAGCAUCAGCGCCAGAGCUUCGGUGCGGGUGGGCGUCGAAUGGUGAAGACGACCCGCAUGUCGAGCUCCUCUACAGGUACAUGAUGACGACUGGCAGGAAGUCGAAUCGGGUUGGCCUGAGCGGGGAGCUUUGCAUGCGGACGUACAAUCCAGGGCUCCAUCUUCAGCUGGUCCCUGGCUCCAUGGUCAGCAGGGAAGUCGGGUAUCGCACCGCACAGCAUGUAUGCGGUCGCUCGUCACCCGGCUCAUCCUUUCAUGCUCCCCCUUUCUCUGCAAGCGGGCAAGACAUCCCGUGGGCUCGCGCUCGCCACCAAAUGUCGUCUCACAAGCUUCAUUCAGCAUGCGAUAUUCACAAUCAAAAUGACGCGGGCAGGACGGAAGGCAGUCCUGCGGGACGUCAAUACCCCAGCGACCACAGUCACACGGAAUGGGCGAACGAAUAUGCACGUCUAGUAUCAAGCCGGGUCACCCUGCAGUCGCUGCGUCUUUCCACUGAAACACUACCUUCGCAUUGGUAUCGUGCUGUGAGCAGAAGAGCAGCGCAAGAUCCGGCCAGUAGACAAAUCGCAUGGAUGCGUUACGAAAGCCAAGUGCGGCUCGGUCAUGAUGCUCCUCUGCAAGCGCAGGCAGCCUUGCUCACUGCUGUUGCUCUUGUCAAGGCCCUGACAAUUGCCAUCGUGACCCCGGUGGAUUGCCUGCUAUUCCUUCCGUCGGUCUCGGACUUCGAUACUUGCAGUGCGCUCCAAGUUGGACAGAUCAUGCGGCUCAUGCUGUUUGCUCGUAUCACGAUAGCAGCGGUCGCGAAGCACGGGAAGGUGCAUUUUGCACUGCAGCGCCCCUUGCCCAGCAUGGAAGCAAUCAGCAGCAUAGCGGCGCAUCGCAAUCGUCUGACGAUGCAGAUGCUGUGUCCGCCGGAAGGAUGUCCACAGAACCUCUAUGUGGACGGCACGGCAUGGUUCGUGCCAGGUGAUCCUUGGCGAAGGCGACAUGAACUGGAAGGAUAUCGACUUUCGCUGGGCAUCAUCUUCGGCAUCUGGGCCUACGAGUACAUCUUGACGUUCUGGUCAGAAGAGCUACCCCGCUGGAAGACCCUCUUCCAGGGCAAGAUUAUCCCCGUCAACAUCUUGACGCUUAUUUCUCGGUAUUCGAGCGUUGCUGGCGCCGUGUCCGUCUGCGUCUAUGCAUGGAGACCAACGGCCAACAAUUGUCAAUUCAUCCUUUCGUUCACCGUCGCCAACGUUGCCCUCAUUUGGUCCACCACCAGUGGCAUCUUCUUCCUGCGGAUAUGCGGUCUCUACCAGCUGCCCUCCGACAAGUGGAGGGUAAAAGCACCGAUGCUUGGUCUUCUCGUCGUCGUCACCGGUCUGUGGAUCGCAGCAGCAGCUGGAUACAAGACGAGGCCGAUUCCCGAAAUCAUUCAGCAGCCGUACUACAAUGGCUGCGCACCAGCUCCGAGCCCCAUGUGGCGCAUCAUGGGCUGGGGAGCAUCGAUGGUCUUCGACGCUCUAACUUUCGUCCUCUCACUGUAUGCGGCCAAGCAUCGUCUGUUCACCGGCAGCACGCCAAUCCAAGCCGGUCAAUUUGGCAUUGAAGGCAUUUCCAAGAUCCACGCUCGCAGUACUGGACUCUCUCACUUCAUUACAGUAUCGGCAUGGAUCGUCUUCAUCAUCACCAUGGUCGGAAAUGCAGCUUGUUUCUUCACUCUCAUCUUCUCUCGCAACCUUAUCCUCAGCGUGAUUCCCAUCGCACCGUUUGCAGCUCUUAGGACCAUGGUCACAUCUCGACUCGUGUACCACUCGCAUCUGUGGGCUGAGGGCAAAUCGGCGCUUCUCACCAUGCCUGCUCCCACCGUUGGUGCCGUGCGGACAACGAGCGGCUUUGGCAUAGAGCAUCGGGACGUCAUCGGUCAGCUCUGGACCGUACCACCUCCGGAGACUAAGGAAAACGCGCAAUCCGAUCCCUUACCACCAGCUGCACUCGCCAUUCCUUACACUCAACAGAUCCUGAAGAGGUCCUCCUUUGAUAGUUCCAGCUCCAGAGAUCGACAAGUCGGCUCCGAUGCUCGCCUGCACAUGCGCGACCAGUUUGCCAUGCAGCGUCAAUACCCUUCAGCGGAUCCUGCCGUCAACCAAUUCCCCAAGGUACUCGAUGCACCCUUCACGAGGAGAGGCAGCAACUUUUCCAGCGCCGAGACGCCGCCGACAAGGAAUCAGUGGGGUCGAAUGGAUGAAUCGGCCAACUUUGAGAUGCAUACAAGCACAGCCCGAUCCCCUUCCGCCCAAGAUGAUCUGGAAUCGGCAAGCUCUUCUUCUCGCGCGCUGCACGGAUGGACGAGAAGCGAAAGCUGA